AGUAGUUAGCUAACUGUACCGUACUUAACUUUGAUACAUUUUAUUUGGGGGGGUUAGACGUGUACUACUCAUUUAGAAUAAUUUGAUGUUCAAGUAGAUUGUUUAACUUACCUAGAAAGCUUGCGUCACCCCGUUGCAUACAAGUUAAAUAGUUAACUCCUCCUGUGACGACAGGUUUGAGAUGUACAUGUUAUUUUGAUAGCUUAUAAACGCUACAAUGAGCUCUACAUUCGUAUGGAAGCCAUGCGUCCAAAUUCCAUGGAUGUAACGGCCAAUCUAGAUAGCUAAUUUUAGCCUGCUUGUGAAGUAUCGUAACUAACUAGCUUGUCCCAACCUUGGAUGUGAGGACCUUUACCCGACAGGGCACUUGCUUGUUCCGCCCUCAGUUUGGCAUUCUAUGCAGACAUGCUGUUCCAAUGGGAACCACAGCAAAUGAGGAAAUGAACACGUUUUGGGCCAAAAACAACAAAUUGAACCGACCCAUGUCGCCACAUCUGACCAUCUAUAAGUGGUCAAUGCCUAUGAUGAUGUCCAUCACACACCGAGGCACAGGAGUGGGACUCAGUGGAGGUAUCUCAGCAUUUGCUCUAUUAGCACUGGUGUUGCCAGGUAACUAUCCAUACUACCUUGACCUGAUCCACUCCCUGUCCGUUGGUCCUGCUCUGCUCAGCCUUGCCAAGUUUGGCAUUGCCUUCCCUGUGUCCUACCACACCUUGAACGGAAUCCGCCAUCUGUUCUGGGAUAGCGGUAAGGGAUUUAAGAUUCCUGAGGUGUAUCGCUCGGGCUACGUGGUCAUUGUGCUGUCAAUACUGACCUCCAUUGCUGCCAUUGGAUACAUGUGAGCAGCAUGACGAGAGCAGAGAAAAGGAGCGCAGGAAAAGAGAGAG